UGUCACAUGAUCAUCUGAGCCAAAAUGUCUUCCGAGAAGUUCGAGUCCAUCGAAGAUGAUCUUCGUUCAGUGCUAAAAGAUAUUAAAUCAAAGGAAGAAAAAUUGACUGGGUACACUGGAGAAGAGAAGAAAAAUGCUGUGCGGCAAAUUGAGAGAAGGCUUGAAGAGGCUGCUCUUCUUCUUCAAGAAAUGGAAACUGAGGCAAAAGUUGCUCCAGUAAACUAUCGAACACACCUGAUGGGUAAACUUCGCCAAUACCAGUCAGAUAUAGAGCAGAUUUCGCGCAGUGUGAAGCGUGAAGGUGCAUCAGGUUUGAGAGGUGCUGACAACUAUGGAUUUAACAGAGAAGAGAAGCUGGAUGCAUCAAAUCGAGGUAAGCUGUUGCAAGGGCACCAGUCUUUGCAGCGUACAUCAGAAAGCAUAGCUCGGUCCCAUCAGAUUGCUGCAGAAACAGAUGAGAUUGCUACAGAAAUUAUUGACGAGCUUGGCCAGCAGAGGGAGACACUUCUGAGAACUAAAGACAAGCUGGUGGAAACUGAUUCAAAUUUGAGUCGAAGUCGAGUUAUUUUGAAAACUAUGGCAAGAAGGGUUAUGACUAACAAGCUGAUCCUGGCAGUGAUUAUUCUGGUGGAGCUUGCAAUUCUGGGUGGACUGGUUUACUGGAAGUUCUUCUCUUGAAAGACUCGCAUCAAACUCUGGUGAAGCCAUGAUACAAAACUGCAAAGUGGACUCUUGUCACAGACUUGCUUCUCAGCCAUAAUGGUAGCAAACAAAAAUUCCUAGUGGAAGUAAAAUCUCUUGGAAUAGGAUUCCUUAUUGCCUUUUAGAUCUUUCACCUGCGAAUGUGAACGUCUUCAUAGUUACAGUUGAGUUGUGUCAAUAUGUUGGUAUUGAGUUAGAAUGAAUUAGAAAAAGAAGUCAGCUAAUAAGUUGAUUUACAGCAGUUUGCUGGGUUUUUUUUUCCAAACCUAGAAAGCAUACCAGUGUCGCAAUAUCAUCAUUGCCUCAACAAGUUGUUAGACAGUAUUUCACAGUUUUGUUUUUGACAUUUUGGUAAAUAUUGGGAUGUUUCACUGUCAUUACUAUGUGCCCUUUGUUAGAGGACACAACUUUUGCUCAAAUUUGAGUGCUAGUGAAACUGAACUUUUAGAAAUUAAAAAUAAUUAAAUUACCUAAGCUUGGUCUGUUUCUGGUUAGUUUAUCAAGGGAAAGGUAAUUUGUGUGUAAGUGUAACUUUAUAUAUAUAGAUGCAGUAGUUGCAAUUUAUGUUUGCAAUAUUCCACAAUGGCUGUAGUUGUGAUGUGUCUGUAACAUUCCAUUAUGGAAAAGUGUUACUUGUGACUUGUAGUUUUAAUCUGUGUGCUUCUCAACAAUCUGUGAUGGUGCAUGCAUGUGUGUAUGUGUGUGUGCAUGCAUUCGUUUAUGUGUAAGCCUGUGUAUAUGCGGGCCAUGAGAAACAAGUUUUUCAUGGAUGAAUGAAUAACAACAAUAUGAAGUUGCAACCUGAUAGCAAGAACUGAAGAUUUAUUUUUGUCAGCAUGUACAAAUAUAUUUAUUGUAAAAUCA